CUUCAAACGAAGGAAGCGCGUUGAACCAUUUUGUCAUAUAUAAGCACGAGACUCUGGCGAGUUUUACAUGUGCAUUCGAGCUGGUCAAUGGUGCUGUUCAUCCACGGUCGCCAUGGUUACGCCGCUUCUCUUACGAUCUUCAGACAAUGUCUAAGAAGACAUUCUUCUUCUUUCGGUGGCAGUCUGCCGACACUCGGUGAUGUGCUGGCCCACUGGACGCAAAACUUCCGAGAGAGGGGCAUCGACGAACCGGAGUCGUCCGCUGAGCUCAUUUUGGCUCAUGCUGUCGACAAGAACAUGGUUCAUGAAGUGGACCUGUCUCGUGCAAUGACGAAAACCGUGGCCGCGAGGAUGGAACACAUGUGUCGGAGAAGGAUGAAAAGGGAGCCGGUGGCGUACAUUAUCGGAGAGUGGGACUUUCACGACCUCACCCUCCACAUUCGGCCACCCGUCCUUAUCCCUAGACCGGAAACGGAGGAGCUGGCUGCUCUUGCCCUGGCUGGUGUUCAUGCCUGUGGAUCUGGAAGUAAGCUCCGGGAGUCGGGAGCGCUACUGGAUGUCGGGAGCGGUUCCGGGGCCCUGGCUGUCUUCCUACUUACCCGACUUCCCGGGUGGCGGGGAGUGAGUGUUGACAUCAGCCCUGUCGCCUGCGAGCUGACGACCCUGAACGCCCGCCGCCACCGCGUGUUCGACCGUCUGUCCGUCCAUCAGGGCGACAUUCACCUAGACAGCACUUUUAGAGACCUCGCAUCGGCGGGCCCUUACGACAUUGUGGUCAGCAACCCGCCAUACAUAACGGAAGCGGAAAUGGCCGCAUUGCAGCCUGAGGUCGCAUUGCACGAGGACCGAGGCGCUCUUUGCGGCGGAACUGACGGGAUGGUUGUCACACGCCGCCUGCUCAAUAUGGCUGCCAGCCUCCUGCGACCUCACACCGGACGAUUAUACCUGGAGCUUGGGCUGGGACAGCCGGCGGAAGUAGAGCGGCUAGUCCGGCAUGGCCUGCACGACCGCCUCCGCUACCUCCACACACGCAAGGACUUCACCAACAGGGAGAGAUUUUGUGAGCUUGCAGCUUGUUCGGGUGCUGACGGGUCAUCCUAGUGGUUUAUGCCGCUUGAAGAUCGACCAACCUACGACAAUACCUUUCCGGGCCUGGCACCAUGUUUUUAGAUGGAGUAUAUCGCGUAUUACAUCUUACGUCAUGGUUCUAGGCUGGGUUUAGCACAAAUAAGAUUUGACCCAGAAACAAAUUCUUAACAACAACUCUAUUAAUGGCGUUUCAAGGCUGUGUUUAAGAGGGUGUUUGGUACUAAUUAUAGUAUCAUUGUGACAGCAUAGCUAAAAAGAUACUCUCAUUGACGGGACGUGGCUUGGUCGAUGGAUUUUGGUAUAUAUUCUGACGUCCUGGUAUUUGUUCACGGUCACUUGAUGCAUAUAUGAACAUAUAUGAGUACAUUUACCGCAAAGUAUGUGCCGAGGUUGGACGCAUGGGACUUUAAACUAGUACUUGUAGAAAGGCUACAUGUGAUUCACAAUUCAUCAUCUAAUAGGAAAGUUAAAAAUAUGGCAGUCAAAUGAAGGCAUAUAUAAAUUGAAAGCAGAAUUUUUUUGCAUUUAAGAUCGUCUGUUUUUCGAAGAAAAACAACACAUUUGGGAUAAUGUGAUGAUCUUUGUAUCGUCGUCGUAUAGUGCAAAACUUCAACCAUAGCUCAAAAACCGACCUUAGCUCAAAAACUUAACCAAAAAGAUACGCAGAUUGACAUUGAACGACAUUUUUCAAGAGCCAAUUGUGUAUUAAAAGAAGGGUUCGUAACUCUGGCUUUAAUAAUGGUCGAGUUUUGCCCCUUGUUCGACUGAAAGAAACAGAUAAACAAUGACGUUUUCCCAUGGCGCUGUUUUUGUGAUGUAUGUAUGUACUUUUGAUGUUACGUAACUAUUAUGUUAUGACCAUGCAGUUUGAAAAUGUAUGUAUGUUAAAUACCAAAGGCAUUGUCAACAUAACUACAUAAUGUAAAAUAAAUGCAACGA